AUGACGGAUCAAGUACCAGUUACAACACAGCUACCACCAAUAAAACCUGAGCAUGAGGUAUCACUUGAUGCUGGAGGGAGUCCAGUAGCUAAUAUGAACACCAAGUCGAAUAACAAUACCGAGCUAGGUGGUGUAUUCGACAGAAUAAAAACACACUUUCCACCCGCCAAGGUAAAAAAAAUAAUGCAAACCGACGACGAUAUAGGAAAAGUUUCACAAGCCACGCCAGUAAUAGCGGGCAGGUCACUAGAGUUUUUUAUAGCGUUAUUGGUGAAAAAAAGCGGGGAAACUGCAAGAGGACAAGGAACCAAGAGAAUAACCGCCGAAAUAUUAAAAAAAACAAUCUUAAACGAUGAAAAAUUCGAUUUCCUAAGGGAAGGUUUGUGUGCAGAGGAAGGUCAAACACAGGCAGAGGAAGAGAGUGCCUAA